AUGUCGAUCCUUUCUAGCAACGCGCUACCUAGAGACAAUGGUGUUCUUUACCAUAGUAUUAGUCUCUUCUUCAACAAGACUCUUUCAGAGUCAAGAUAUAGACGACUACCGGAAAAGGGAGGAUUCAAAUUCAUGGAACUCCCUGCCGAAAUCCGAAACAUGAUUUGGGAAUUGACAAUUGAACAACGAUUAGUCAAAGUCCGAUUCACAAAUCAGAAGUUGCACGGCAAUAAAAUCACCCAUGACUUUCACCUUGAACGAACUCGGUCAUUGAGCACCUGGAAGGCCUUACCUAUUCGUUUCCCCAACCUUGAUACAUUCAUCGUUUUGUUCAAGAGCUUUGUCGACCCCAAGACGGUGGAUGAGAAUACCUUGCCUCCAUGCAAGUACAAUAAGGUCUGGGUGCCUUCUCGGGGUCAACAGAAAUACACCCCUACAGGUCGUAGACAUCCAGCUUGGGUGCAACACGACAGAAAAGUCUUGGAAGAAAGGACAAGAGCAUAUCUCCAGCCCCCUAUCCAUUGGUGUCAGAGGAAUAAACAGCAAAAGGGUCAUCCGCGUCGAACACACUUACUUGGUGGAAAAGUUAUGCGUAGAGAUCCGAUGCACUCUCAUGAUUGGGCCAUGGAGAAAGCCCAACGUUACCGCAAAAACCUACGUGAAGCUGCAAGCGGCACUCAAGGGGUUUGUUGGGGUGCGAAAUUAUCAGUUGCGGGAAUCUGUGAGCAUGGACUGGAGUUUGAAGAAGCGCCUGAACUUGCAUACAAGGGUAAAUUCUUUCGUCACUUUGACGACAAUCACGAGGCGAUUAAGAAGUUUUACGAACCAGGAACUGUGACUGGAACUGUGAACGACCAGAAGGAGGCGGAGAGAAGAGCGAGAAGAGAAGCGAGAAAAGAGGCCAAAUGA